AUGCCCUUCGAAGCAAUCGGCAUCCUCUCCAUCGGCGAGAUGGGCUUUGGCAUCGCCCAACUCCUCCGCGCCCACCACUACCGCGUGCUAACCUACGCCGCCGACCGGAGUGAAUCCACCCAACACCGCGCCUGGCUGGCCGACAUCGAACUGCGGCCCUCCCUGCAGAACCUCAUCGACGAAAGCGACGUGCUGCUCUCCAUUGUCCCGCCCGCCGAAGCCCUGCCCACCGCCGAACGCAUCAUCGCCGCCGCCAGUGUCCGACACCUCGUGCGCGACAGCCCCUUGUACAUCCUCGACCUCAACGCCGUCUCCCCGGCUACUGCCCGGGAAUUGGCCCAGCUCUUCCGCACCACCGCCCGACCGGACGAUCUCCGCUUUCUGUCGGGGGGAAUCAUCGGGUCCCCGCCGCAUUUCACCAAGCAUGCACAUCAUGAUCGGAAGCCUCCGAAUGGCACCCCCACGCCUGAAACCGAGGGUCAAAAAGCCGCGGAAGACGGGGAGUGGAAAAAGCCAGCCCUGGUGGUCUCCGGCCCCGAUGCCCUCCCGGACGCCCCCCUCGCCGCCGUCCUGAACAUGCGACACGUCUCGCCCGAGAUCGGCACCGCCGCCGCCCUGAAGAUGUGCUUCGCCGCCCUGACCAAGGGCUUCACCGCGCUGGCCAUCGAGUCCUUCACCACCGCCGAGGGGUUCGGGGUGCUGCCCGAGCUGCGCGGCCUGCUCGGGGAGUAUAAGCCCGCGGCGCUGGGGAUGGCGGAGCGCGGCGUGGUGGGCAUGCCGUCCAAGGCGUAUCGGUGGGUGGAGGAGAUGCGCGAGAUCGGGCGGACGAUGCAGGAGGGGGCCGGGUUUGGGCCGGAUGUGUAUGUUUCGCUUUUGUUGGUUCUGUGGGCCAGAGGGAAUCGGUGUGCUGACAGUAACAGGUUUAAUGGGGUCGCCGAGGUGUAUCAGGCUGUGGCGGCGGAUCCGGUGCUGGGGCUGGAGAAGCAGAAGGCUGGGGAGCUGAGACAGCGCGGGAAGACGGUGGAGGAUGUGGUGGGCUGUUUACAGGGGAGUCUCAAGGCAAGAAAGACGGAGUCGUGA